AGGAGAGUAUCGACAUAUAUGAUGAAGUAUUUAAUGAAACUUCGACGGAGAAGGCCAAAGAACCCGUUUUCGAAGAAUUUAUAUACCCCUAUUCUCCGGGUGAAGAUGACAUGACCUUGGUAGAAAGUAUACUCACUUCCGAAAAGCUCACUCGUUUUUACAACAAGUUACACCUUCUAAGAUCAGACUUUAAAUACAUAAGUCUGGAUGGCGAAGAUGGAUGCCCUCCCACCAAGCCAAACGGAUUCUUACUUUCAAAUAUUCCCGCAUCAUGUAAUCAGCUAAACCUAUACACCAUCUUUGGAGUUUUUGGACAUAUCUUUUUCCAAUGGAUCGACGACACCAAUUGUUGGCUGAUAGUUAAGGAUGAUAAGAAGGUGAAUAAGGUUCCACAAGGGGUACUGGGGCAGACAAAAUUGUUCUCAUUAUUUUUAGAAGGAGGAAAGAAUUAUGAUCUGGCACUAGAAAAAGGAAUUACAAAGGAGAUGGGCGAGAUUUGCAUUCAAUCAUGGAGAAAUUGGGUCAAAUCAAUAUUAUACGCAGAAUCAGAGGAAAAGAGUGAUGCGGAGGAGAGACAGAACGAUGACGCCGCAUCAAUAGAUGUUAACGAACUAGACGUGAAGGUAGAAGAAAAUGGGUUCGACAGCGAUCAGGUUAAGGUAGAGUUUGGAAUUAGUAACUCUUUUCCUGCACCUCACGAUGAACCAGCGCCGUCAUGGGAUUAUCCCAAGGGGGACAAUUUUGUGAGUGAAGAAGUGAACAUCGAAUGGUUAAGGAAGGAAGAGAACACAUAUAAUACGAAUUACGAGAACGGUGAUGGCAAUUUGAAAGACGAAGAGGAAAAGCAGGAUGGUUGGGACGUGAUUUCAUCAGAAACAUUAAAUACUAGUGCUAAACGUACGUUGUCGACGCCUCAACCUCCAGUGGAAGAGGAAGAAAGCGACAGCGAAAUGAAUGGUGCUUUCAAGAAAACCAAGAUUGGAUAG